GCUGACUGCAGAGCCAACUAGCAACAACGGCUAGCUUCUUAACAUCUAGACGACACAGGGGUAGCUAGCAAGUUAGCUGAGCACCUAAUCAUGGUGAAUGUAAAGAAGCGGAAAGGUCGAGUCGUGAUUGACUCUGAUUCCGAAGACAGCGCUAGUGACGAUAAUUUAGAUCAGGAGCUGUUGUCUCUGGCAAAGAGGAAGAGGGUUGAUUCAGGUGAGCAAGAGGAGCCAGUCAGCAAACCUACAGCUUCUACUGACUCCGAGACAUCUGACAGUGAUGAUGAGUGGACUGUGGGCGGCACCAAAGGAAAAAAGAAGGUUAAACAAGGGAAAGGAUCUGAGAAGAAGAACGCCACAAAGAAAAAGGUUAAUAAAGCAACGGCAUCUGGCAGUUCAGAUGGAGACAGCUCUGCUGAGAGCUCUGCACCUGAGGAGGGUGAAGUGUCUGAUUCAGACACCAACAGCUCCUCCUCCAGCUCAGAUUCGGAUUCUUCUGAGGACGAUGUGUUCAGGGACGGUUACGACGACGACUUGAUGGGAGACGCGGAGGACAGGGCUCGUUUGGAGCAGAUGACUGAGAAGGAGCGAGAGCAAGAGCUUUUCAACAGAAUCGAGAAGCGAGAGGUGCUAAAGAGACGGUUUGAAAUCAAGAAGAAGCUGAAGACAGCAAAGAAGAAGGAGAAAGAGGAGAAGAAAAAGAAGCAGGAGGAAGAACAAGAAAAAAGGAAGCAAUCUCAGGUUCAAGACGCACAAGUGGUCAUGUCACACAACAAGGAGAGACGAUCCAAACGUGAUGAAAAACUUGACAAAAAGUCCCAGGCCAUGGAAGAACUGAAAGCCGAGCGUGAGAAAAAGAAAAACAAAACGGCUGAAUUGUUGGCCAAACGUCAGCCCCUGAAGACGAGUGAGGUUUAUUCUGAUGAUGAGGAGGAAGAGGAAGAGGAUGAUGACAAGUCAUCAGUCAAAAGCGAUCGAAGUUCACGCUCUUCUUCUUAUGAUGAUGAUGAAAAGGAAGAAACCCCACCGAAGUCGCAGCCUGUUUCACUACCAGAUGAGCUCAACAGGAUCCGUCUGUCCAGACACAAGCUGGAGCGCUGGUGCCACAUGCCUUUCUUUGCUAAGACUGUGACUGGCUGCUUUGUGAGGAUAGGGAUUGGGAACAGCAGCAGUAAACCAGUGUAUAGGGUCGCCGAAAUUGUGGAUGUGGUGGAGACAGCAAAGAUUUACCAGCUUGGAUCAACGCGGACAAACAAGGGACUACAAUUAAGGCAUGGCGGUGACACACGGGUUUUCAGGCUCGAGUUUGUAUCGAAUCAGGAGUUUACAGAAAGCGAGUUCAUGAAAUGGAAAGAGGCGAUGAUGGUUGCUGGAAUGCAAGUCCCGACCCUUGACGAAAUCACCAGAAAGGAGCAGUCCAUCAAAGAGGCUAUGAACUACAAAUUCAAUGACAAAGACAUAGAGGAUAUUGUUAAAGAGAAGGACAGAUUCCGAAAAGCACCACCAAAUUAUGCCAUGAAGAAAACGCAGUUACUCAAGGAUAAGGCCAUGGCAGAAGAUAGCGGAGAUGGUGAGAGAGCGAAAGUGAUCCAGGAUGAGCUGAACGAGCUCGAGGAAAGGGCUGAAGCACUUGACAGACAGAGGACCAAGAACAUCUCUGCCAUCAGCUACAUUAAUCAGAGAAACAGAAGCUGGAACAUUGUUGAAUCUGAGAAAGCACUUGUGGCUGAAGGACAAAAUGCCAAAAACCAACAAAUGGACCCUUUUACCCGAAGACAGUGCAAACCCACCAUGGUGUCGAAUGCCAGAGACCCGUCUGUCCACGCAGCUAUUCUUGCUCAUUUGAACCAGAAAUAUGGCUCUGGCUCGACACCAGACCCUUCCAGUGCAGAGAAGAACAAUCUGGGUCAAACAAACCCGAAAGACAAAGAUGUCCCCAAGCCAACCACUGACCUCUCAGAAGACUUGUUUAAAGUUCAUGACUUUGAUGUUAAGAUUGACCUACAGGUUCCCAAUGCUGAGGCAAAGUCUCUGUCCGUGAGCUCCAACUCACUGCCGGUGAAGGACGGCGCUCCACGCAGGUCCCUCAACCUGGAGGACUACAAGAAAAGGAGGGGGCUGAUAUGAUGUGCCCAGUCCGUCAUUUGUAAACCACAUUGCAUGUGUAAUUGGCUGUGUGUGUGUGUGUGUGUGUGUGUGUGUGUGUGUGUGUGUGUGUAUGUGUGAAUGAGAGAGAGAGAGAGAGGGGAUGAUGUUUGUUUGAAUGUUGAUACAACAGACUGUUUAUCCAAACACAGAGGAAAUACUGAUUGAGUGACGACGGCAUUUUUCUCAAAGGACCUUUAUUGGAAACGUGUCCAGAUAUUUGUUGUGUGGUUAUUUUUGAAUCAUCACACACGCACACUCAUAUAUGGUUAAGUUUUUUUUUUUUUU